GGGGGGGCCAAGAUGGCGGCGCCGGGACGAGCUCGGGCCGCUCUGAGGGCUCCGCUCUGCGCUCUGCUGUGCCUGGCGCUGGCGGCCGCCGCCCUGGGCAAGCCGAGCCCCGUGAAGGUGCUGUCGGACGGCAUGUGGCGGGAGCUGCUGCAGGACGAGUGGAUGGUGGAGUUCUACGCGCCCUGGUGCCCCGCCUGCCAGAACCUGCAGCCCGAGUGGGAGAAGUUCGCCGAGUGGGGAGAGGACCUGGGGGUCAACGUGGCCAAAGUGGAUGUGACCGAGCAGCCGGGGUUGAGUGGACGAUUUGUCAUCACAGCCCUCCCUACCAUCUAUCACUGCAAAGAUGGAGAGUUCAGGAGAUACCAGGGAGCAAGGACUAAAGCUGCCUUCAUUAACUUCAUCAAUGACAAGGAGUGGAAAUCCAUUGAACCAGUGUCCUCCUGGUUUGGUCCUUCCUCUUUGCUGAUGAGCAGCAUGUCAGCGUUGUUCAAGCUGUCCAUGUGGAUCAGGCACGGCCAUGGCUAUUUAACAGAAAAUCUUGGGAUACCAGUCUGGGGCUCCUAUGCUGUUUUUGGAUUGGCAACUCUGUUCUUAGGAAUGGUCCUGGGACUUAUGAUGGUGUUCCUGGCAGACUGCAUCUGUCCCUCCAAAAGGCACAGACCACCACAGCUCCAGCCUCAGCCAAGGAAACAAGGUCCAGAGUCAGCUCAUCUGCUGAAGAACAGGUAUGAAGAGCAAGAAGCAGAGGAGGGAGAUAUCUCAGAUGAUGAAGCAGAGGGGAAGGAUUGGAGCAAGAGAGACUCAUCCCCGAGUGGUGUCCGGCGGCGCAUCGUGCCCAGUGCUGCUCCUCUGGAGAAAUCUUAGCUGCCUUUGCACCAGGAUUAGUGCUUGAGUCAGCCACUCAAAGGGAGAUCAAUGUCAAAUCCUCCAGCUUGAAGAGAAGAAUGGCUCCUGGCUUGGUAAUGUUGCUGCAUUUCAUGAAUUCGGAGGAAAUAAUAAUAAUAAUAAUAAAAUAAAAACCCAUCAGGUGUUCCAAAGGAAAACUUGCUGUUGCAAAUGGCUGGAACUUCUCCUGUCUGUGUGCAGAGAAGUGCCAAGGAAUCAUUGCUGUGGCUUCUGGAAUGGUUUGUUCCCUAGGGAUUAUUUGGAAGAGAAUGUAAACCAGAGUCAUUGCUGCAUUAGGGAGCAUUAGCAAGGAAAAUGCACUCACCUGGGUGUUGGUUAAAGCUCCCAGAAGGGUUCCCUGUUCUUAUACUGUUUUUCAGUAUAAAUCUCUCUAGCUGUGCCCUGAAGAAAUGCUGAGGGAAAAAGUUCCUUUACUGAUGGAACUAAAAUUCCUCGAGUUUAGGCUUUUUAUGUGACAAAAAACUGCUUUUUGCUAUGACAAUGAGUGCUACAAACCCCCCCAGCCUUUUUUCUUACAAAGACCUGAUGGAACUUAGCACAAGCACUCUGCAGUGGGAUCCUCUGGCUGUCCAGAAACCUGCUGCUUGCAUCCAUUUCUUCCAGAAAAAGCUGUAGAGAACUCUGUGAGCUUCUUGGCAAAGUAGUUUUUGUCUAGCAGCGAGUGACAAGCAGCACCUUGAAGUCCUGUCUGUCUCUGUGACUCCACGUGGCAAUAGUUUACACGCAGGGUUCUCUGUGCAAAUCCUCUCCAUUCCUCCUGGAUGCCAGCAGGACUCUGCUUGUUUUUAAUCCAUCAUUUCUUACUCAAAAUCUUGCUGCAAAUCCAUGCAGGCUGUCCCUGGCCUGAAGUUAAAAUAACUCCUUUCUAUUUCUUCUACAGAACCUUUUUUUUUUCCUGUUUUCACAAAACCAUUUUGGAACAUUAAACCUGAUUUUUUUUCUUUUUUUUUUUUAAAGUAACUAGUUUACUCUCGUCUGUAUGAUGUUUGUUUUCACUCUGUAUAGAAAUAAAAAGAAUGCACAUGCCCUUUGGACCAGCGUUGUAAAGAGUUUUCCAUGUUCUUUUGCUUCAAUUCCAAAGUUUUUGCAAGGGAAGGGUGAGCCUAAUAAUGAGCACGUUUAGGUUUUCUUGACAAGCCUGUUUCUGAUUUUUUUUUCUUUGUUUGUUUAGCUUUGUGGGUUUUUAGCUUUUAUUUGUAGUUAUUUAGGUUUUUUAGUGUUUUUAUUUGUAGUUAUUCAGUGGUUGUUUUUUUUUUUUAAUUGUUCAUCUGGCUUCUUCCCCCCUUUUUCUUUUCCCUGCAUUGGUGCUCUGGAAUGAUUUGACUUCAGUGCUGUGUUAGAAAGAUAAACUGAUGCUUCAAAGGCUCUUUUUGGCUAAAAUCUGUCCUUUUUUAAAGCUCAAACCUCUCCUGGUGUUGGAAUGAAGACCACCGCGUGCCAGAAUUGCCCUUAAGGUGUUGGUUUUGUGGAAUUGCCUUAAAUUCUCUGAAAUUCCCCAUCUCUGAGCCUUUGUCUCUCAUAAAUAAAGCAAUAAAUAAAAAUUCUGAGGAGAAGUCGUGGCACUGUGUUGGAUCAGUGCUGGUUUUGCAGUUUGGAGAGGGCUCGAGGAGGCAGAAACCUUGUAGCUGGUAGGAAAGUGUUGAGUUGCUUUAAAAGCUGAACUCUGCUCGCUCCUCUUGGGAUGUAUUUCAGUGUAGCUGUUCUAAGUGCAGAGCUUUCUCAUUUCUCAGUUACAACCAAACUCGGUGCAGUAUCGGGAGGACACCCUGCUGAUUGUGGUGAACUUUUCAUUUAAAAAAACCACCCAACUGUGCUGGACUUGUGGGCUCCUGCUUGAACAAGAACUUGCAGCAUUAAUUUCCUUAUUUUUCCUCUGCCUGUGCUCACUUCUCCCUGCCUUAGGCCCAGAACCAAAUCCCAAACCUGGCUCCUGGGGGUGACUGUUCCCAGCCGGAACCCAGCCCUGUGUGUAACUCCUGCUUGCAUUAUCCACGGGCCGCCUGUGCUGAUCUCUGCUAAUCUCACCCUUCACAUUUUGCAUCAUAUUAUGGUUUUGUCCUGUGAAUAUUUAAGUUCCUUGAUUGAUUUUUUUUUGUUUUGUUUUUGUUUUAAAAAUCUCUAUUCCAAAGAUGUUUACUGAGGCUGAGCGGUGUAACCUGAGUGUAAGAGCCUGUCCUUUGUGUGUUUUGAUGUUGCCUGAAUAUCAAUUUUGUAAAAACCAGACUGCCCUUUCCAUAUCACCUGGACCAGGCCUGUUUCAUUCCAGAAAGAAUUGAUGACAAUAAUGUAACAAUAAUUUUGUUUUUCAGAGAGUCUUCGAGUAAAAAAUAACCACCAGCUUUGGA